AUGCAGAUAUUAGCCUACUGGUGUCGGUUUUCCGUAACUUUUCUUCUUUUGAGGGGGUGUUGGUAUCGGUCUCCCGUAACUUUUCUUCUUUUGUGGGGGUACUGGUGUCGGUCUCCCGUAACUUUUCUUCUUUUGAGGGGGUGCUGGUAUCGGUCUCCCGUAAAUUUUCUUCUUUUGCGGGGGUGCUGGUAUCGGUCUCCCGUAACUUUUCUUCUUUUAAAAACUGCUGGUAUCGGUCUCCUUAAAAUUUCUUCUUUUGUGGGGUGCUGGUGGGGUGCUGGUAUCGGUCUCCCGUACCUUUUCUUUCGCACGGGUACUUUUGUAGGGUUGGCAUCUCCUGUGCUAUGCGUCCUUCUUUGGGCCAAGCUCGAAUACUGGAAAUGCGGUCAUCUAUCACGAGAGGAUAGCCCUGGCUCAAUUUCUGUAUCUAUCUAUCUAUCUAUCUAUCUAUCUAUCAUUUCAUAA